CAUCACGACAACAAAAUCCUUGUCACCACCCACUCCCUCUUGCUUCCUCUCUCAACUCCGUCCUGGCUCCUGCUUCUCUGCCACGCCUUGCUUCAUCCCUCUUAUCGUUUAACCAUUAUUAUAUAUUUGUCUAAAUCCACUGCAUUUUCUACUCCCUGCCUGUCGGUAAAAAGACCAAAACGGCAACGGCCUUGGCAUUCAACAAAGAUAAAUAUCUCUUGAGGAGAGAAUCCAAACGCUUUUGCCAUCAGUUUGUUGCUUUCUUUUUGUUUGGAUCAAAUUCGAAAUCCAAAUUCCUUCUCUCUCUCUCAAAUAACAGAUCCUUCUUCUUCUUUUCUUCUAUGCUUUAUGCUGUCAAGAUCUUAACACAGAAAUGCAGCACCGAGUAGAAACUUCCUCCGGACCUCGAAGCUCCGCUUAUAUCAACGCGCUCUCACUAGAAAUCCAGAAAAAACUUCAGCGGGCAUUAGCAUCUUCAUCUCAGAGACGCAACUUAUUAGAAGAAUUAUUUGCAGAUAUAGCUUUAGAAAUCGAUGAUCGAGCCAAAGAUAUAAUUUUAAGUAGAGAAAAUCAAAUAUCUUCCGCGGCUAACGGCGUUAAUGGUCGGUUGUACUUUUAUGAUGUUCUUGCUGAUUAUUAUGUCCGACUACCCCCUCGUGGAAAGCCUAUCCUUGAUUUGAUUGUUCAACUGUGGAGCCAGUCAUUUGCAUCUCACAUUUUUGUUCUGUUAUUCCAUAACUGGUUAUUUGAAGUUCAACUGGAUGAUGCAGAUGUUCAGCUCCGUUAUGCUUCAGCACUUGUUCAGGGUGCCACAAAUGUUUUCUGGAUUGACAUCCAAUCAAAUACGAAGUGUUUCCAGUCUCUCUUUCAGUACCUUCUCAAUGAAGUUGUAUUGGAGCCUACAAGGUUAAAUAAAAUUCCAAUACAGGCCCAGAGGGAUCUGUACCUUUUAAUGUCAAGGGUCAUAUUCUUUUACAACUCAGUUGAUAAACUCGAAAGCUUCUUAAAGCUAUGUCCCACAUUUCCAAAUGCUUCACUGGUUGGUGGACCAGCAGAUAUACUUAUUAUUGAACUAGCAGACCAGCUUCAAAAAUUGAAAGUUGAGCCUGUCGUACUGCAUUAUCUUGGUCAAAUUAAGGUUCUUCGAGGUAUGGAACCGAGGAUUGCAACAAGUGCAAGGCUGAAAACCUGUUUAUAUAGCUUUACAUCACCUGGUGGCCCCAUGUAUCCUACAAGGGCUGUGCGUCAUGCAGCUCGGGAUGCCCUAGAUUUGCUUUUUCCUGUUGGACGAUACCCUCGACGCCUUAUAAGUUUGUUCUUUAGACUAUUAUAUCCCUGGUAUUUGCCUUCUUCAUGUUGGUACUUCAUAACCUAUUGUAUCAAGGUUUUGUUUUAUUGCUUGUUGAGGUUGAUCUUUUCUAGUUGGGGGAAGCUUGGAAAGUCGAAAAGGGCCUAAUCAUCGCCCAGAUGACAGACGAUUGGGGUAAUAUUGUAUGCAUUAACUUCUAAAAAUUUAUUGAUUUCAUGGGUUAUGGAUUAA